ACCGCUCCCCGCCGGCCACAUCUCACUCUAAUCGUUUCUUUUUAUCCAGCGUCGUCGUCCUAAAAAUCCUCUGUGCGGAUUUCACGCUAUCACUGCAGAAAUGGGACUGGGUUUGAACACGAUCGUUCCCCUGGCAGUGGGCAUCCUGGCGGUGUGGGCAAUCGCCGCGGACUCGGCCCAUCAUAUGGCGCCGGCGCCGGCGGCGGAUUGCAGCAGCGUCAUCAUGAAACUGGCUGAUUGUCUCUCUUUCGUCACCAAUGGCAGCACGGUCCCGAAGCCGGACAAGUCCUGCUGUUCCGGGCUGAAAACGGUGCUGAAAGCAAACCCGGAUUGCCUGUGCGAGGGGUUCAAGAACACCGGGCUCGGUGUUUCUCUGAACCUCACCAAGGCCGUGACUCUCCCCACUGCUUGCAAUGUUACUGCCCCCUCCUCCGUUAAGAACUGCAUCCCAAGCGGCAAUUUUUUCCCUUCUCCUUCAGCCGCUCCAUCGGCGUCGCCGGGAAUAAAUUCUGCUCCAACAGUAACUCCGGCGGCAUCUGCCACCGCACCGGCUGCUAGCUCCCCGUCACCGAGCCAAGUCAACUCAGCUUCCUCCCCGGUGGCUGCCACCCUGAGUGCCGCUGCAUUUUUGGUGGCCUUGUUGUUUUGAGCCCACAAACCACCCACUCCAUCAUCUUCCUCCUCCGAUGCUUCUUUGUUUUGUGCAUGUGUAUUGUAUUGCUGGUUUCGAAUUUUGUGUAUUGGGUUUUGAGAACGAAAGACGGUAGAGGUAAUUAAGGGAUGCCUAUUGUUGGUUCCGGAUAUUUGUUGUAGAGUUGGCAAAUGGUUGAGGUGAGUUCCGUCACUCCGGUUCAGGUCACUUUAGUUUAUUUUGGGUUUGAUUAAAUUCGGAUUCGGAUUCGGGUUAAGAAUCACAUAUUCAUCAUGAUUUAGAAAGGGAAAGGUGUAUUC